AUGGUCGUCCUCGACUCAAACAGCAAUGGGUACAGAGAUGUUAUCCUGCCACUAGCAUGCCACGACGAGAACCUCGCACAAGCUGUGUCUGUCGUGUCAGCGUUUCACCUCGGUCAGAAAGACCGCAGGUUACAACACGUCGCCGAAACAGGCCAUCAAGCAAUUGUCCAGAAACUACGGCGUGAUUCUUUACAGCUCAGCCCAGAACAACUUUUCAACCCGUAUAUUCUGGCCACCAUCCUGGUGCUUCUUGUUGGAGAAACCAUCACAGGAGCGGAUAAUUAUACCUAUCUUCUCGAGAUGUUGAACUGUCUCACGUCAUAUCCGGAUUGGAUCACAAUGCUGCCGCCGAGUUUGAAAGAAUUCUUUCUUCAGCAAAUCAAGAUGUUCCAACUCUUUGGUGUCCCUCUAGCCGAUGAAUCCAAAGGCCUUCAAGUCCUCACCGGCCCAGAAGCAUACCUAGAUUUCAUGGCCUAUCCCGAACUACCCCCAGAUUCAGAACACCUACCCAACAUCCAAGUAAUCCGCUCCGCCAUUUUCGACGCCUGCAGCAUCUACCGGCGCCGCGCCGAGUCGUGUCUUUCUGACCAAGAGUCCAUCCAUCUCGUCGAGCAGCUGCGUCAAAAGGUGCUCAACCUGGACGCUUCCACCAAAGGCGUGCAUGCACUCGUGUGGACGUACUUUGUAGCAGCGGCAGAGAGUAUCUUACCAGAGCAUAGAGAGUUUUUCUCGACUAGAUUGGCGGGGUUGUAUAGUGUGACUAGUUUUGGGAGUAUUCCUGUUGCGGUCAAAGCAUUAAAGACGAUUUGGGGUAUGCAGGGUCAGAGGAGAUGGACUGAGAUUGUCAGUAGCGAGACUCCGAUUCUUAUCAUGUAG